AUGGAGAAGUGUGAUUACGCUGGAUUCCUGGAUGUGCCGGAGGGGGCACCUGUCGUGGUCAAUGGGGGCAUUCUGAUAAACACAGACGUACCCAAUCCCUGUAGUAUUGUUUUCCGUGCCACCAACCCUGAGCAUAUCCUCACUAUUGACCUAACAGUACUUAAUCUCAUUGACUGUACCAUCACACUUAACUUCAUUUACAGCACCGAAAUAAAGACAUUUCGGUGCGGUACAAAGAACCCUGGACAAAUAUACACAAACACACGUCAGGUGACGGUGAACUUUCUUCGAGGAGAUAAUUUCUCCUCGUACAAGUUUCAGUUCCUCCUUACAAGCACAAAACCCAUCCCAGUUUUGCCAGGAGACAAUGCUAACCCAUCAGAAGUAGGGUUGAUAGUGGGGAUAGUAGCAGGUGUCUUCUGUUUGCUCCUCUUUAUUGCUAUCUUGGCUGUGUGUUGCCAUCGCCGUGCACAGAAGGCUAAAAUUCUAUACAAGGCCAAUCAAGCAAAGCAGCCUUUGGAUCAGCAGGGGAGACAAUCUACUAGUGUAGGAUUUACAAAUAAUGCUGUACAAAAUGGCUACACACAUGAGGCAUCUCCGAGAGCUAAAACCAAACUUUUGUCAGAGACAGAAGGCUCCAGCAGCCCAAGUUCCCGUCCUAAAACUCUGAACUUCCACUCCAGUACUAAGUCUGAGGAAAAUCAAAGUGAACACAGUAAACAGCCGAAUAUUGACUUUCAGGACGAUGAUGAUAUGUAUGAUAAGACUGAAGAUAUGAAAAGACCUCCAAAAUCUCCAUUUUUAUCAGCUUUAUCAUCUAACGCAAAAUUCAAAGCGUCAAACGCAUAUAAUAACAGAGAUGCAGAGGAGAGGGCUAAGAGAAUUUCCUCUUCCUCGUCUUUAGGGUCAUCAGGUGUAUCACGAGACUCUCCACCUCCACUUCCAGUUGUUCCUGUGUCCAAAUCCCCGACCAAUAAGAGGAGGAAUCAUGCUAGUAUCCGUAGAGCUUAUAGAACUGCAUCUUCUUCUGAGGAAGAGUUUAAUCAAAUAGCUAAAGCAAGUGCUAACAGAGACGACAGCGGCCCCUCGUCUGCUGAGACAGCCGCAAGUAGGGAUGAUCAGAGACCAAACACUAAGCAUUCCCUGAAACCUGACAAAAGCAAGAAAAAGGGAAACAAAAAAGACAUGAAACUGGAGGAAUAUGAACCCACAUCUGGAAAUUUCCAGAAAAAUACCGCAAGGGCCAGUAAAAGAGCACAGAAAUCUCCACGGCUCGGUAACCGUGGUGACGGGUUUGGUCAUCGGAGGAGAAAGAGUGAAGGCAGGAGUGAUGGAGAAGACUCAAGGCCAGGAACGCCUAACAGCAUGUAUGACUUGGAAUCACUACCUCCUCUUACACGGUCAUCAUCCCGUCAGUCUCUCUACGCUUCACGUUCGUCACUGUAUCGACGUAGAGGCAGAAAAGGUUCCUUCACCGAGUCUGUUGCAUCAACGUAUGUCCACGAUGAUAUGGAAAUAGGACGUCACUCUCGUUCCUACUCACAGGCCUAUGAUGAUGAUGAUGAAACAGAUGGUUACGAGCAACCAAUCAGUCGUCGUGAUAAGGAGAGAAUGUUCCGUUCAAUGGGUGAACUUGGGAGAGAUACAAAAGAAAGAUCGACGCAGACGCUGCGUGAAACUGCCACACAGACUGGACUUGAACAGUCGGUUAUCAUGCAGCCAAAACGUGUGGUGAAGAAAAAGAGACGAUCAAAGUCAAUGUCGGCUGUUGGGACACAGACUACAAAGGGAGUGAAGAAGACAGAGACAGAAACAGAGAGCAGUGUGGAAAAACCCAAACCUAAACCUAAACCCAAACCUAGGAAGUCAACAAACUCAGUAAGUACUGUCGCUGCAGCGGAAGACUCUGAUAGUGGUAAAAAGAAGAAAAAGAAAAAACGAGCCAAAUCCCGUGAAGAUUUGUCCCAUGCUGAUAAAGCUGUCCCACGAGAAGAGAAGCAAGUACCAGCCCCACAGGUACCAGGUCAACCUUACCUCCAAUACAACAUGCCCCCAGGAACAAUGCCUCCCCAGAUGGUUCCUGGUGGGUAUCCUGGGGCAGCACAAGGUAUGCCAGUUCAGGCCUAUCCUGCUGGUUACCCUAAUGCCACAGCUCCAUACAGUGUCAAUCCGCAGACUGGCUACAUGAUGCAACCUCAGGCAGGACAACCAAUCCCAGGACAACCAAUCCCAGGACAACCACUCCCAGGACAGCCAAUACACCACCCAGUGCAACAAGUCCCACAGCAAGGACAUGUUCCAAUGCAACCAGCUCACAUUCCCGGCAAACCCCGUAAGUCCAACUGGGAUACGUUAUGCGCGAUGACAGAUGGUGACCAUCAGCAGAAACAGGCUGCUAUGACAGAGACAGGCUCUAUAGCUAGUUCAGUAUUCACUUACAAUCUUCCCUCACAUGUAGGCCACCCUGGUAUUCCGGUUGUUCAAGGUCAACCACAACAGCAGCCUGGAGCUGUGAAUCAGGCUUACUCCAACAUGGCCUUUCCUGCCGCAAUGGCAGCUGUGCCACAGACAGAGACAAUGCAGCGUGUGCCACCAUCCUACAUGGAUGCAAUUAAUAUGGACAGCAUGUCUGGUCCUCCGUCAUCAGGACCUUAUUCCAAUGGCCAUCAGUCAGGGUCUCUUUCAGGAAGCGAUACUGCUGCGCCAGUCAUCGUCCAUAAUGACACAACUAACCUCCUGCCCAAGAAAUCGUCAUGGGAGGUUCUGAAGGAAAUCACAGACAAUCAAAAGAACGAAAGUGUGGUCUGA